GAUUUCAAGCAUACGUAUAAACGUCACACUUGUAGCAGCAUCUAGUGGCAAACGUCGCACGUCGUCGACCCAGUUCGCCUUGGCGCUUUCUGGACCCAACAAGUUUGGUUUUAUAAGUCCGGAUAUCUCACGCACAGCCCGGCUGGCUGAUUAAGCUUCUCCGCGGGAUAAAUACAUGAACGGGAUUUGUGCUGUCCACGUAACCUAAGCUAAGGUUUAGCCACGAGAGCUUUUAGGUUGUUGACGUCUUCGUUUGUGCAAACGCGCCAUGGUUUUGCUAAAGAACCUCCGACCUCCUACCGAAGGAAUUCGGCUGCAGCAGGCCGACACGGCGGCCGUCUUGGACGGACACAAGCUGGGUAACGGGACGCUCUAUGUCGCCGAAACGCGUUUGUCGUGGUUUGAUGGUGCGGGGUUGGGGUUCAGUCUGGAGUACCCUACCAUCGGCCUGCACGCCAUCUCCAGAGACGUCAGCGCGUACCCCCAAGAACAUCUCUACGUCAUGGUCAACGGAAAACUCAGCGAGGAGAAUGAGGCCGAAAUGGCAGAGAAGCCGGCAGAAGAUGAGGAUGACGGAGUGGGUAGUUCGGAAGAUGAAGAUGAUGGUGGAGAUGAUGAGGAAGGAGGUAUCACGGAGAUUCGAUUUGUGCCCGAUGACAAAGCAGUGUUGGACUCGAUGUUUGCGGCAAUGUGCGAGUGUCAGGCGCUGCAUCCUGACCCUGAAGAUGAAGAUUCUGACAAUGACUUUGAAGGAGAAGAGUACGACGUGGAGGAGGCCGAGGCCGAGCACGGCCACGCCGACAUCCCGACGUUCUACACGUGUGACGAGGGUCUCUCUUCACUGACUCAGGAGGGCCAAGCCACGCUUGAGAGGCUGGAGGGCAUGUUGGCACAAAGCGUGGCACAGCGAUACCACAUGGGCGGUGUACGCACCGAGCAGGGAGACGGACGCUUUGAAGGUGGGACUCGAGUACCUUUGAACUGGUCCGUCAAGGUACUACUAUUGAAGAUGGUUUUUUUUUUUUUUACAUGUGUGUAGAUGGCAUGGAGGUGG